AUGGUUGAGAAGCCCCAUAUUCGUAUUGGCAAUGUUUCAGGCGCAACGGGCGACCAUCCACACGCCAUGGCGCGCAUGGUUCGCUCGGGCAAUGUUCAUGUAAUCACCGGUGACUGGCUGUCCGAGAUGAACAUUGCCUGGAAUGCCAUCACGAAGCAGGAAGUAGACGAGACUCUUGGAUACGAGGAUGGCUUCUAUCAGCAGCUUGAAGAAUGUAUCGACGACAUUGUUGCAAAGGACAUUCGCGUUGUGACCAAUGCGGGUGCUCUCAAUGUCCUCAGCUUAUACAACAAAGUAAAGCGUCUCUGCGAGCAACGGGGACACCAAAACUGUGUCGUUGCAGCCGUACUUGGAGAUGACAUUACAGACUUGCUUGUGGAUAAAGCUUCAGGCAAGAAAAACACUGGCUUCAAACAUUUGGACCAUCCCGAAAUGUCACUUGAUGACUGGGAGUUUGCGCCCUGCUCUGGAAAUGCCUACAUUGGCAGCUGGGGCAUAACCGCAGCUCUUCGGGCUGGUGCCAACAUUGUCCUUUGUGGAAGAUGCACCGAUGCUUCGCCAGUUAUGGGAGUUGCUGCAUGGUAUUAUGGAUGGAAAGAAGACAGCUUUGACGAACUAGCAGGGUCACUACUGGCCGCUCACUUGAUUGAGUGCGGCCCAUACGUUGUUGGCGCGAAUUUCUCAGGCUUUAAAGAUUUUCUCUCUGAUCUCGUUGAUCUGGCAUUCCCCGUUGCUGAGAUUGAUCCUCAAGGGGGCAGUGUUAUUACGCGAACUGCAGAGGGAGGGGGCCAUGUAACAGAGGGCACCGUAACUGCACAGCUCCUCUAUGAGCUCCAGGGUCACCUAUACUUGAACCCAGAUGUCGUUGCAGAUUUAUCUACUGUCUCAGUCAAGCAACAGGGACCAGACCGUGUGAGAGUGACAGGGGUCAAAGGCCUGCCUCCACCGGCUACCACAAAGGCCAUGAUUGCAGGCAAGGGAGGCUACCAGGCAGAGGCAACUUUCUACAUUAAUGGCCUUGAUGUGGCGGAAAAGGCUAUAAUGAUGAAGAACCAGCUGUCUCAUAUUUUCCAAGACAGUCGAUUCAGUAAACUCAGCAUCGAACUGUAUGGAACGCAAGCUGAGAAUCCAUCAUCCCAGCAAGCCGGUACUGUGUCAUUGAGAGUCUUUGCACAGGCUCGAAAGAAGGAAGACAUUGAUGAACUGCGGUUUAAAAUCCCCUUGUAUGCAUUGCGGAUGCAGAGUUACCCCGGCUAUCACAUGAAUCUCGAUUUCCGGACCAUGGCGCCGCGGCCCUUUAUGGAAAUGUUUCCAGCGCUGAUGCCGGUCUCGCUGAUAGAUCACCGCGUCCAGAUAAGCACUGGGGCCGUCAUAAAGGUCGAGCAGCCCAAGGUUACAGCGACGUAUCCCAUUGUACGGCCAUCAGCAGAUACGGCAGAGCCCGUGGAUCUCUUGUCGUUUGGUCCAACAGAGUUUGCGCCUCUCGGCAGCAUCGUCCACGCACGAUCAGGAGACAAAGGCGAUAAUUCCAAUGUAGGAUUCUUUGUUCGCGAUGCUUCGGAGUAUCCGUGGCUGAGGACUCUUUUGAGCGUCGACAAGCUCAAGCAGUUGCUGGGAGAUGACUGGCAUAGCGGUGACCCGAAGAGGAGGGUUGAGCGAAUAGAGUUUCCCACCAUCAAUGCCGUGCACUUCCGGAUACUUGAUAACCUCAACGGAGGCAUUGCAUCAUCGGAUAGGAUCGAUGGACUUGGCAAAGGCGUUGCAGAGUAUUUGCGUAGCAAGUAUGUGGACAUACCAAAGAUAUUCUUAGAAAGAGGUCGCAUAUAA